UGAACUACCCUUCCUUUGCAAUGCGUUUCAAGAGUGAUGCCCAUAAUGUUACCAUUACCUACAGAAGAACUGUCACAAAUGUUGGAAAUCCUCCAAAUGGUACUUAUAAAGUGCAGGUACUAGAACCCAAAGGAAUAUCAGUCAGGGUGAAGCCUAGCAUUUUAAGUUUUAAGAUGCAUAAUCAGAAACUGAGAUACAAGGUGAGUUUCACUGCAAUAAGACAAAUCAUUGAAACUGAUAGCUCAUCUUUUGGGUCUUUGACAUGGGUGUCUGGGAAAUACACAGUCCGAAGUCCCAUUGCAGUAACUUGGAUAUAGAGCCCUCUGCUUAUCGUAUGUGAAAGCGGGGGAUUUAAUCAUGUGCUGCUCAAGUUGUAUAUUGUGUGUUUGCUAUGCCUAUGUGUAAUUAUGUUUGAUGGGAAAAAUAAUUAAAAGCAUAGAAAAUGC